AUGAUCCCACAUUAUCACCAAUUCAGAAAACCCUUUCUUCCUCCUGGUAUCGUCAUUCCAUGGGGCCCGAACAACACUAUUCCAAUUAAAUUGAACGAGUUCAGAGCAACUGAUCCUUGGCUGCCAAGUCCCUUUAAUGAUCCACUCGGAUACGGUCUGUUGAAUGGAGUUCAAAAGCGUUGGUGUCAGUUGGAACUAUAUUACAAGCAAACCAUAUUUUGGAUAUACACAAACUUCACUGCAUCAAAUCACCUCGAAAACAAUCCACGAGAUAUUGUAUACUGCUUUAACAAUAUCUGUGGUUAUUUUGGAUGCCAGGCAAAGGACUGCAAACAUCCUCAACUUUCUGAGCAAGGUGCUUUUGCGCAACAAGCUAUUGCUAAAAUAACCACUCGCCAUCACGCCGCUCCUCAAAGGGCUGCUCAAAAGGUUCUUAAGGAACGCCCAACUGAGUUACAGUUCUUGGUGCAAGAGGACUCUAAUUAUGUACCACCUACCGGACUAAACUCUGCGGUACAAGCUCUAGAACAAGCUUUCCAUGAGAGACAAGCUCGUGAGCAAGAGGCUCUCGAAACUUAUACAGGGACUGUUGAGAAGGGGGUCAAGCAUUAUGCUGCUCAAGUCAAACAAGGUGUCGCUCAAGAGGCUCAGAAGAUAACAGCAUUUCAAAAGGCUAAUGCUCAAGAAGCUGGACCAAGCAUCGAAAAUACAGACAGGUGUUCAAUGAUGCAUCUCUUCGCUCCUGAGGAAAUUCUUCUCGAUCCAAAAAAAUCUCGAUGGAACACUAUGUUUCCACCAGAGAAGGAAGGAACUACAAGUGAGGAGAGAACCUUCGUGGCCCCAGCCCCAUACUGCGAUGGAUCUAAUGCACAAACUAGCGUCUCCGAUGGAAGUGGGAAGGCUACAACUUCCACAUCUGACACCAGCCCUGAGGGCUCGCCGAAAACACCUCAAAUUGUGAUAGUUUCCAAACAGGAGGCAAAUGAUCACUCAGUCAUCUAUACCCCCAUCGAUGAAGAAGAGGAGGACGAUCUUUGUAGCGCUUCACCCCGAAGAGUGCCAAAUUCAGCAUUUGCUACACGGAUCAACUCAUUUUCGCCUCCAGCAUCCAAAGAACUCCUAGGAGUUUCCAUUGCAGCAGUUGAAAAAGAUGCAUCGGAAAUGUAUGAUGACGAGGGGUUUUUGGUCGAGGACGUUGCUAAAAAUCUCAAAGGACUUGUCAUCGAGGAGUCAACCGGAAAUCCUGACGACCGAAGUUCUGAUGUUGAAGAAUCUGAUGAAGAGUCUCGUGAUGAAAAGGCCAGGGAUGAAAUGCCAAAUGAUGAAGAUUACCAGGAUGAAGAAACCCAAGUUCUUCCGCAGGCGGGCACUGCCCAGCUUUUUCAGCGCAUUACCAUUCCAUCCACGCCAGCAAUCUCAGGACUAGCUGGUGCUUUCAAGAGACAACAGGAGGAAGCUAGAGGUAUCUUCCAUAGAGGAGAUACGAGGGAGCUUCAUCUCUCCGACAUAUUUAGGAAAAUGGACGAUGCGAAAAACCACAUUGCCAAUGAAUGGAUGAAUAAUCGAGCACAACAAGAUCCAAACGCACCAAAUGCGGAUUUUGUUAGACUUCCUAAAGGAUAUGGAUGCGAAGACGAAAAUGUCAAGUUCCCCAGAGCCGUGGUCGAGGAGAUGAAUGAAGCGGAACAAAAAAUCUGGACCAUGGGAAUGCGCUAUGCAGAGCACGAACGUCUUGAUGAGAUGGAUGACCCUGCAAACUUUACAUCUGAGAUGCACAAGGUUUAA